UUUCUAGUUCAUGCAAUCUGUACGGAACUAAAUGAUAUUUCUUUAAAUUUGGCUCGUACAUAUGAUUGGCAAUGUAUUGAUUGUAAAACUUGCAUGGCUUGUCAGAAGAAAACAGGCGAGGAAAGAAUGCUCAUUUGUGCUUCAUGUGAUCGGGCUUUACAUGUUGAUUGUUGUCCUGGUAUAGACAGUAUACCAGAAGAUGAUUGGUAUUGUAGUAUUUGUAGUAGUAUGCCUUCACCAUCUUCCAUUCAUUCAAAUCCUUCUCCACCAUUAUCAAACAACGACAUUGCACCAAGACGAAAAUCGACUUGUCAAGACCCUCCAUUGACUCCAUUAUCAGAAAAUCACAGUACUACCAGACGUUUACGGCAGAAACGAAAAGGAGAAGAUCAGCCAAUCAUAUCUGAUGUAUCUAAUCAACCUACAAGCAACUUUGAAUCUUCUACCAUUCGAGGAACACCUUCUAAAGCAGAUAAAGAAAUGUUUGACAGAGCAAAACUUCAAGCAAUGGUAUCACUAGAUUUACCAAAGAUCAGUCAAAUUCGUUUUGGUGAUUAUCUUGUUGAUACUUGGUAUGUAGCCCCUUACCCUGAAGAAUAUAGUCAACACCCUAUACUUUAUAUUUGUGAAUAUUGUAUGAAAUAUAUGAAGAGCAAGUAUGUCGCUGGACGACACAAGGUGAACUGCCCCAUUAAUCACCCACCAGGCGAUGAAAUCUAUCGAGAUGGCAAUAUUUCUAUAUUUGAAGUGGAUGGAAGAAAAAACAAGAUUUACUGUCAAAAUCUAUGUUUGUUGGCCAAAAUGUUCUUGGAUCACAAAACUCUAUAUUAUGAUGUGGAACCUUUCUUAUUUUAUGUUAUGACGGAAGUAGAUAAACAUGGUUGCCAUUUUGUUGGUUAUUUUUCAAAGGAAAAACGAUCAUCAAUGAAUUACAAUGUAUCUUGUAUUUUGACUAUGCCAAUUCAUCAACGAAAAGGAUAUGGUCAAUAUUUGAUUGAUUUUAGUUACCUACUCAGCAAACAAGAAGGCAAGACUGGCUCACCGGAAAGACCUUUAUCAGAUCUGGGUUUACUUAGUUAUAGAAGCUACUGGAAAAACGUGAUCUUCCGAGAAUUACAACAUCAAGUAGAUCCGAUUAGUAUCGAAGACAAUACUUCAAUACCCAAAUCAUAUCGAUUGGAGAUGGAUAUGGAUGUUAUCAACGCACAUAUUAAGAAAAUGGAUGAAAGAUGUUUACCUCAUGUGGAUCCUAGCAAAUUGACAUGGACUCCUUUUGCUUUAUCUCGAGAUAGAUUAGCUGUAUUGAUGGGACAACAAACAAUCAAGAAUGGUGAAGAACAUUUGGAUGUAGAUAUCGUUGAUUAG